AUGGAUAUAAUACCAAGUAUUGCCAUUUUAUUUGAUGUCAAUAUAGUACCGAGUAUCGUUAAGAAGAUAACAUCAAUUCACAGCAGAGGAAGAUUAGUGGAUGAAAAUAAUAGUAAAAGUAGAACUAGGGAUAGAUCUUUAGAAAUUGUAUGUAUAAAAAAUGCUAAAACUACAAGUUCUAAAUCACCAGCUAUACCAGGGAAAUCAGAUACUGCAUGUGGUUCAACAUCCCUAUUCAAAGGUCCAGAAGGAACUCAAAUAAGUGAAAAAGAACUUCAUUGUAUAAAAGUAGAUAUUCAUAGAAAUAUACCUGUGAAAGGACAAAUAAGUGAAUUGCAACGGGACAUUAUUAACCCUGAGGAUGUAAUCAUAAUAAGAAGAAGCGGAGAAGGAUCCAAACCGAUAUUUGAACGAGAGGAGAUAAAAAGUACUUCUAAGAAAGUUGGAGAAAUUGAAGAACGUCGUACGGUGAUAGCUGUAGAAAGCGGAGAUUCAGUUAAUAGGUCAGAAUCAUUUAGAAGACGCUCUCCAUCCUCUAAUUCGUUACGACACCGUAAUCAACGUUCUUCAUCUUAUCGACGAUCCAAAUCCAAAGAUUCAAAAGAUUCAAGUUAUAAAUUUGAUUAUCGUACCAGCAGAAAAAGUGAUAGACGGCAAAGUAGAGGAAGAAGUAGAGAAAGAAGAAAAAAAUACAAGGAACACGAUCGUCCAAGCAACAGAUACAGAUCAUCUCGAAACAGAGAGAGCCCAUCUCAAGAGUAUAGAGAACAUCGACGUGAUUUUUAUUCUGGGCAAGAUUUUCGUCAUAAGAAUGAAUCGCGUAAGGAAGAAGGAAGCAGUAGCAGCAGUAAACCCAGAAAUCGUUCUACAGGUAAUAGAGAAAGAGAAAGAAGAUCUAGAUCUCGUUCUAGAUCUCAUUCCAGAUCAAGAGAUAAUAGGUAUGGAGAGCGACAAAUGAUGCCAUCCCAUUGCAUCGACCAGGUGCCUUAUCCUGUUUACUAUGGGCCACGUCCUAUGAUGGUUGGACCCAUGAUGCCACUUAGAGGUCAAAUUCCCAUAGCAAGAGGCAGAAUACCACCUUCAGUAAUGGGACCAAUAAGACCAUUUCCACCACGUUUUGUACCACCCAACGUAUAUAGAUUAGGUCCCCCACCUAAUUACAGAUUUGGGCCAAUGUUUUAAUGUGGAAAGUUAUAAGAGGAUAACGAUUUUUUAACCUUUACUUAUAUACAAUACACAUAUUUUAUCUUACGUUUAUUAUUUAUGUGUCUUAUGGGGACAUUUUUAAGUAACACUUUUUUAGAUUCUUUUUCUUUUAUUUAAAUACGAUAAUUUAGAAAGUUAGAUUUUUAUCAUGUUUUUAUAGGUAACAUAAGUGUAUCGUAAUAUGUAAAUGUGUUUAUUUGAAAGAAUAAGUGACGAUCGAUCAUUUGAUUAAAUAUGAGAAGGGUGAUAAUCAAUGUUGGAAGAAUUUAUGAUAAAUGAUGAAGUAUUUACCACUACAUUUAAAAUGCAAAAAAUUAAUUCAAAAUAAAGCGCUUUUUAAGGGAGCCAAUGAAA